CGGCCUCUUGUGCGAUCAAGGGCGCGCGGGGCUGGGAGAGCGACCUGGGGCCCCUGCUCUGGGCGCUGGAGUUCGGAAGAGGGUGGGUCCCCGCCGCCCGAGAGCAAGAGCGCGACAGCAGCCGGAGGAAGGAGCGCCCGCUCGCCCGCCGCCUGGCUGCCUCCCCGGCGCUCGCUCUCCCGGCUCCUAGGUUUGCUGGCUGCUCCUCCCACCCGCGCCCGCCUCCUCGCUCGCUCUCUCGCUCACUCGAGCCUGUUUCCAAGCCCCGCGGUGCGCCCGGGCGAGUGCGGGGCGAGGGGCCCCGGGGCCAGCGCCGAGCCGGGGGCGGGGGUCCGGGCAGAGCGCAGCCGGCCGGGGAGGGGCCAUGUCCGGCGCGGGAACAGCGGGGCCCGUCUACAGCAAGUGACCGAGCGGCGCGGACGGCCGCCUGCCCCUCCUCUGCCACCUGGGGCGGCGGGGGCCCUGGUGCCGGGUGCCCAGAGCCCGGGUCGCUCGUAGGGCCGGCGCGAUGCACGUGCGCUCGCUGCGCGCCGCGGCGCCCCGCAGCUUCGUGGCGCUCUGGGCGCCCCUGUUCCUGCUGCGCUCCGCCCUGGCCGACUUCAGCAUGGACAACGAGGUGCACUCGAGCUUCAUCCACCGGCGCCUCCGCAGCCAGGAGCGGCGGGAAAUGCAGCGCGAGAUCCUCUCCAUCUUGGGCUUGCCCCACCGCCCGCGCCCGCACCUCCAGGGCAAGCACAACUCGGCGCCCAUGUUCAUGCUGGACUUGUACAAUGCCAUGGCGGUGGAGGAGGGCGGCGGGCCCGACGGCCAGGGCUUCUCCUACCCCUACAAGGCCGUCUUCAGCACCCAAGGCCCCCCUCUGGCCAGCCUGCAAGACAGCCACUUCCUCACCGACGCCGACAUGGUCAUGAGCUUCGUCAACCUCGUGGAACAUGACAAAGAGUUCUUCCACCCGCGCUACCACCACCGGGAGUUCCGGUUUGAUCUUUCCAAGAUCCCGGAAGGGGAAGCGGUGACUGCAGCCGAAUUCCGGAUCUACAAGGACCACAUCCGGGAACACUUCAGUAACGAGACGUUCCGGAUCAGCGUUUACCAGGUGCUGCAGGAGCACUUGAGCAGGGAGUCGGACCUGUUCCUGCUCGACAGCCGCACCCUCUGGGCCUCGGAGGAGGGCUGGCUGGUGUUCGACAUCACGGCCACCAGCAACCACUGGGUGGUCAACCCGCGGCACAACCUGGGCCUGCAGCUCUCGGUGGAAACUCUGGACGGGCAGAGCAUCAACCCCAAGCUGGCGGGCCUGAUUGGGCGGCAGGGGCCCCAGAACAAGCAGCCCUUCAUGGUGGCCUUCUUCAAGGCCACCGAGGUCCACUUCCGCAGCACCCGCUCCACGGGGGGCAAGCAGCGCAGCCAGAACCGCUCCAAGACGCCCAAGAACCAGGAAGCCCUGCGGGUGGCCAAUGUCGCAGAAAACAGCAGCAGCGACCAGAGGCAGGCCUGUAAGAAGCAUGAGCUGUACGUCAGCUUCCGGGACCUGGGCUGGCAGGACUGGAUCAUCGCGCCCGAGGGCUAUGCCGCCUACUACUGUGAGGGGGAGUGCGCCUUCCCUCUGAACUCCUACAUGAAUGCCACCAACCACGCCAUCGUGCAGACGCUGGACCCGUUCCUCAUAGAAAUGUGGAGGCCGAGGAGCAGCGAGUCAGCGGGCUCACUGCCGCCGCCAUUUCGGUGUGUGUUCCAGGUGCACUUCAUCAACCCGGAAACGGUGCCCAAACCUUGCUGCGCUCCGACUCAGCUCAAUGCCAUUUCCGUGCUCUACUUCGAUGACAGCUCCAACGUCAUCCUGAAGAAAUACAGAAACAUGGUCGUCCGGGCCUGUGGUUGCCACUAGCGCCUCCUGGAAGUCAGACACUUCGGAGCCACCUUCUUCCGGAUCCGGGGCCUCUCGCCUCCCAGCGUCUCCACCGACUCAGCGAGGAGCCAGCAGACCCACCGCCUUUGGCGAGGCCUCCCCGCCCCCUCCCCACCUGUAACGCCGUGGGAGUGUUAAGGAAUUUGAGAGGCAGAUGGCUUUUGAUCCGUUUUUCGUCGACAUCCUACAGACAAGAUCCUACAAGCUGCUGCAGGCAAAACCUAACAGGAGAAAUAGACAUCAAGAAAAACUGCCCGGCCCCGAUGGUUGGCUGUGAAGUCUCAGCCGUGCAGCGACUCGUUCCCAGGGAUGGUGACGCCGCCCUUGAGCCCGGCCACCAGCAGCGGGAGGAAGGGGGCGCACCCAGGGGUGGGCACGUUCCUGUCUGUGCGAGAGGAGGACUCACGCAGAAGUGCCUGUAAUAAAUGUCACAAUAAAACGAAUGAAUGAAAAUGGU